AUGUGCCCCAUGCGAUGGGUCCUCCUGCUCUUCUCCGGGAUCAUCGCCGGGUACCUCGCGUGGACGUCGUCGUGGUUCAGCGCGUCGGGUGAGGACGUCGGGGAGGCGCCGCGCGGCGGCGACGAGGGCGCGCGCCGAGGGCGAGCGACGGCGGACGGGGGGGUCGCGAGCUGGGCGCGGUUCGCGAUCGACGGGCUCAGCGGGCGGUACCUGUACAUGAUGCUGCACGCGAGCAGGAAGGACGCCGCGGGGAAGGGCGGCGCGGAGGGAGGGAGGAUCACGCGCUCGCGGUCGAAGAAGACGAGCUGA